GUCAAACCACAGGUUCAUUCGCGCACAGGCUGCGCACGGGGGCAUAGGCAACUGCUAAAUAGUUAUUGAAAUGGACCUGAAUGACUGAGUUGACAAAUAUGCCACCAUUUUAGUUUUUUAGAUUUUAAAUGUAAUAUAUUAUUAUGUGGCUAUUUCCAUUAAAUCCGGAAAUAUGGAUCGACUUGGUGAAUGGAGUUUCAAACCGAAGAAGAUGAAAGUGGAAUUGGAGGAUGGUUUUUAUUUUGAUUAUGAUGCGGAAGAAAUAUCUGAUUAUCAAGACCCCAAUCAACUUUUAGCUGCUUUGAAACAAAAGGAGGAAGAAGUCCUUUUGGCGGCCCAGCUGGGAAAUGCAUUGCUUUUGGAAAAUCGUCAGUUGAAAGAACAGAGCGACAAACUUAAUGAACAGUAUGCAUACAAACUUGAGGAGUUGGAGCAGGGCAGGCAUGAUCUGCGGUUGAAGCUGGAGGGGUGCCAGUCUGGGUGGGUGAGCCAGGUUGGGGACCUGGAGAGAGACAUGAGGGAUUUGAGUGGCCAGGUGGCCAGGCUGACCCAGGCCCUGACCGACGCAGAGAGGGACAAGACCAGGGCCCAGGAGGAAGACACAGAACACACCCAGCGCCUCAGAGAACAGCUCAGCACCGCGAUGGAGGUGGAGAGGGCAAUGACCAGUCAACUGCAGACCCUGAAACUCGAGCUCCGUCAGAGAGGCCACCAUAACAGACCACAGGAUGAGGAGCUGCUCAGUGCCAUGAGUGAGCAGGUGGUGCGUCUGUCCCAGAGGGAGCAGGCUCUGGAGGAGCGGCUGGAGAGUGUGUGUCAGGAGAACGCAGACCUACGGGACAGACUGGCCUCCCUACACACACGCUCAGCUCUACAGGACCAACACAACCAGCAGCAGAGCCAACAGCUGACGGAGGCAUGGCAGGAGGCUGCGGCUGCGAGGGGGCGUUCACAGCAGCUUCAGGUCCAGGUGGAGGAGCUGCAGGAGGAGGUCUCCCUGCAGUACAGGAGUAGCCAUGGAAACACAUCCCUACUGUCUGAGCUGGAGACCAGUCUGGACACCAUGGGCUUGGGCCAUGACAGAGAACAGCUCCAGGAGGAGAAUGCUGAGCUGAGGCUGAGGCUCGGAAAUAGACAGGAUGAAGAAGAGUUGGCCCAACAGGCCAUCAGAGACAGAGAUGAAGCCAUAGCUAAGAAGAACCUGAUGGAGGCGGAGCUGGUGAGGAGUAAGAAUGACAUGAUGUGUCUGAACAAUCAGCUGCUGGAGGCUAUACAACGCAAGUUGGAGCUGUCUCAGGAGCUAGAGGCCUGGCAGGAUGAUAUCCAGAUCAUCAUCAACCAGCAGCUGAGGACCCAGCAGCAGUUGGAGCAGGUCGAGAAGAAGCCUGCCUCUAACCCCAUGUCCUUCUGGAGGAGACCCAGCACAGCUUCCUCCACCAGGCCCCGCCGGCCCUCCUCCUCCCCCGCUUCCUGGACCUCAGAAGCUGGGCAAGAGAAGCCCCAGUCCCCCUGGAGAGACUGGCUUCGACGGGGCAAGGUGACACAGCCAGGCAAAUAGUAAGCUGGAAUGUCUGUUGCUUCACCUUGGAGGACUGGCACAUAGCACAGAAAUGUCUUGACCAGCUGGCCAUUGAAGAAGGCGAGUCGAGUCAUCAAGGCAAGAACAAGCUGGUGGAAAUAACACUACUGAGUGGAACUAUCAGUCUUGGUAGAUAGAGUACCAAGCAGAACAGGACAGGCUGAACACUCAGUAAUGUUAUAUAGUAGACUUCAGUAGAGUAUUAGAAUUCAAGACCAUGGUGUGACAAGAGCCCUAAUGGACAAAGAGUUAUCAAUAAGUAGACAGUAGUUUCCCCACUGUCACUGAGAAUAACCUAAGAACAUAAAAAGCAUGUUAGAGCAGGUUAAAAAGCCUCUAGCAUGGUAAAUACUAGAAUGGCCAGGGAGUCACACACUAGGAUAGUAACUACUAGCAUGGCCAGGGAGUCACACACUAGGAUGGUGAGAGUCACGACAACGAAAGAUGCUUAGAAGUUGUGCCGUCUUCUGCCUUAUAAUGAAGUCAUUGAUGCCCGAGAUUGUAAAUGUAUGAGUGAAUGUCAAUGUUUGAAAGAAUACUGACAGUAUUUGGUCAGACUAAUUAUUUCAUCCAACCUUUAUUUAGGUCAUGUGCAGACAGACUGAAGGGACAUGAAGUUGAUAGAGUGACUGGACUCAUAAUAACACAUAAUGAAUGUUGUAAAUAUUUAGGUUUUUAGAAACACAGAGGAUCCAGAUCUAAGUGGUAUUCCACUCACUACAGUCUUUUCAAAAUAUGUAAUAAGAUUAAAUGUUGCCUGCUGUCGAUGCAAAAUGUUUUCCAUUAUGUAUUCAUAGAAAACAGGCCUUAGUAGAACAUAACCAAAUACAAAAUUGGUGCUCAUAAAUAAACCAAUCAUCUACAGAAUGUCAUGAGUCCUCAUGUGAAAUGUUGUGGGAACUAGAUACAUUAUGAAAUAUGUCCAAAAUGCAUUUCAUGCAUUGUAUUCUUACAUUAUGUGCCUUAGUUUUUGCCACACUACUGAAGCGGACAUUUUGGGGGAAGGGUGCAAUAUAGAUCAACUCUAACUAGGAUGGUCAUAUAAGGUCAUAUAAGGUAUUUUGAUCAAAGUACCAGAAUAAUCUAAUGGACCGAAUGCAUGCAAUAUUUUGUCAAUACAUGAUGUAAGUUUGUCCUGUUGUUCAUCAACAUUUGCUAAUUGUUUAUUUUCAUUUAGGUUUUUAUUGACAAAAUCAGAAUGUCCUCAGAUUAUUUGAUUUAGUAAAAAACACAGAACAAUGUUGAUUGAAUGACUGAAAACUUCUAGUACUUGCACCUGUUAUUACAGAAGAAAUAUAGCUUACUUACUGUUGUAAUAUAUGAAUGUUAUCAAAGUCCAUGCAUGUUGUUGUGUAUCAUGAUGUAUGUAGUUUAUGUAUUCUGUAUGUAGAUGGUGUUUAUGUAAAUAGUAAGUGACUUGCCUAGUUAAAUAAACAAAAAAUCUAUACUUUAAAAAAAUAAUAUUAGUGAACACAGAAUGUCCUUUACACUGAAAAUAAAGUCAUUUUUCAUACAGUA